AUGAGUCCCGGCAGCGGGCAACUAAGUGCUUCGCUGCGCUUCGUGUCGCACAGGAUAUUGCGCACCACGCCGCGUCUCAUUGCGCAAAUAGCCAUUUGCUUCGUCGUCACUUACUCUCUGGCGACCUUUGCGCCGGCGUGGUUUUUCGAGGGUUACGAAAACCCGCUGCUCUGGCACAGGCGGAUCGACUCGUCCAUUACCAAAUCGACAGAAGAUGUUCGGGUUGUGGUCUUUGGAUCGCAGGAUGUGAUGGGGAGCGCAGUGCCGAGCUCAGAUUCUUCAAGAUCUUCGUGGACCCUGCAGCUUUGUAAAGAGCUUGGUUGUACAUCAUAUCGCUCUCUAGUGCCGUCGACAGAUGCGCAACCCGCAAUAGCAUCGAACCAUCUAUAUGAGACUUUGACCAACGAAUUUUUGUCGUCUGUCGAAGGCGCCGAUAUGCUGGAGUCGCCAGCAUCCGACUACGAAUUCCUCAAGUCGCAAUACCCCGUGCCAAAGACGCCUGAUCUUACUGCACAAGUCGACAAUUUUCUUUCCACAGCACCGGAGAGAAAGCAGUCGCGGAGUACUGUUUGGAUAUUCACGUUCGGAACAUGGGAGGUUUGGAAUCUCGCCGCUCUCCCCCCAGUGACGGCAAAUGACCUCUUGGACGGCAUGGUGGAACACAUCUUUCAACAGGCCGAGCUUCUCUACCUAAAAGCGCUAAACCCGAGAUCGAUCGCGUUUUCCAACUUUUGGGCCGGUAUGGAGCCGUCCGACAUGCAGAGAUUCAUGGCGCCCAACGCACCACGGAUACUUGACGAGCGAGCUCUCGAAACGUUUCGCAUCCUCGUGCCGAAGCUCUUUGACAUGACGCUGGCGCCGGUGUGGCAGACACGCCCGGCGCCACCGUACCCUCACACGCGAGCAGAGCACAUGCGCAACGCUGUAGCCCUGACGCGGCGCUGGAACGAGCAAGUCGCGAAGCGCAUGACGCAGUGGCGGGAUAGGGCACGCUCAAAGCCCAUUGGCGUGGAAGACGAGCAUGUAAUCAACACGAGCGACAGGCCCAUGAACGACGCGGCCCUGCAGGAUUUUGUGGCAAGCUUGCCCAAGGAUAUGCGCCCGGAGGAGGGAAUAUCAAAGGUGGCCUUCGCGCCGUAUCCGAAGCGGAUGGGCGAGCAGCUGGACUCGACGGUCGCCGGGAUGACAGAGCUGAUCAUGAAUGUGGAAAUGAUGAGAAGCGGUGCGCACGACUCGGCGGGCCACGGUGAGGCGACGGCGAACGCGUCGCUGUUGUUCGCUGAUGUGUCGGCGCCGUGCUUUGCGAGUGCAAUGGAUAUACCUGCAGGGCAGGGGGAGCGCGGCAGCAUUGCGUGCGACGCGCCAGAUGGCUAUUUGUUCCAUGAUGCGUCUACUUGGAACCAGCGAGCUGUUGAUGACAUUGCGUCGAGGACAGCGAAAGAUGUGUUUGAUCAUCUCUUUCCACCGUUGCAGUGA